GAGAUCGACUUCGACGAAGGCCUGAGGGUGGACAGUUCCACCAGGACGGGCCUCGCGAUGGCGAGCACGACUACCCAGAAUGGGACGUAUCAUAUUUGGUCGCUGAAGGACAUCAGAAGCCAUGAGAGCUUCAGUGGCGGCCAGGAUGAGUUCGAGAGUUUCUUUUUCACCUUGGAGGCGGAGGUGACUGAGAUGGGGUGGGAGUCCCUCUACGACGCGGCGGUGGGCCACGCGGGCCCGAUAGCUGCAGAAGACAUCCAGAACGCGGAGACGCUGGAGCUGAGCAUGAAUUUGAGCACGUUCCUGGCGAUGAAGAUGCGUGGGCAAGCGCAGACGAUGACUAAGUUGGCUGGUGCUGGCAAUGGGUUCGAGGCACUUCGGCGAAGCUUCGCGGAGGUGCUGCACGACUGGGAUCACCUUGUCACGCAGUAUGAGCUGGCGAGCCACGACACGAUCAGCGACAGGCUCAAGUGCGCGACCAUCUUGGGCUACGCGCCGCUCCAGAUCAGGAAGGUGCUCGACGGAGCUAGCCAGGAGGUGGAUGCGGUCGGCCAAGUUGACGCGAUCGGGUUCGACAAGCCGCGCUGCAACCUCUGCAAGAAGCUCGGCCGCACUGCCGACAAGUGUUGGUUCAAGGGCAAAGGUGGCGCCAAGGGGGGCUCCAAGGGUGGCAAAGGUGAUGGCGGCAAGGGUGGAUCGAAGGGCGGACGCGGCGGCAACGCGCCGUCGAGUGAUAAGGAUAAGACACGCCACUACUGCAAUAAGAAAGACCGCAUCAAGAUCAACUGCUUCAAGUUCAAGAAAGAUCAGGAGGACAGAAAGAAGGGCACUGUCAGCACUGUCGAGAAGGAGGCCGCCGAAGUCAACGUGCUGGUCGUGCCCAGCGAAGACGACUCUGACGAGUGCUGCUUGUGCAUGGCGUUGGAGAGCGACUACGUCGACCACGGGUCGAACGGGCACCAGGUGGGCUACGACGGCUGCGAGAGCUUCGGAGACCAGCUGGAGGACGAGUUCGCGUGCCACGCCUGCGACGACACGAUCAUCAUGGCCAUCGGCGACGGGGCCAAGCUCAAGGAGUACGACGUUGACGACUUUCUGAUGCUGGAUGGUGGCGCCGACGAGCACUGCGCACGACGAAGCUUUGCGAGGCAUAGCGCAGUGGAGCCUACGUCGGCCAAUCUGAUCGCCGCCCAGAAGCAGAAAAUCUCCCUUGACGGUGAGGCCAUGGUUCCCUUCACGAUGGGGGGCCGAGUGGUUUGCAAGGCCAACGUCAAGGUUGGCCCGUUCGCUCGGAACCUACGCAGCACUGGCAGAGUCUAUGAUGCAGGUUUUGACGUGGUUUACUCGCACAACGACGGGCGCUACGUUGGUUACUCCAAGCCUGACGGGAGGUAUGUCAAGAUCCCGAUGGUGCGGGGGAAGAACACGUUCGGGGUCCCUGCCAGCGCGCACAAGGACCUCGAGGACGCCAAGGAGGUGGUCAAGGAGACCAAGCGGUUGCUAGGCCGCUACCCCGACCAGCAGUCGGGCAUCGUCGCCGCCAACGAGGACGCGGUGAUGAAGGACGAGGGGGCCGUCCAGGCUGACGAAGCUGCAGCGCCUGUGCCUAUGGCAGAGGAUACUGGGUCGGCUUCGUCGGGGUCUGGAGGUGGCGCUCCCACCGCAGCCCCACCGGCGGCAGCCAGUCCGCCUGGGGACCAGCCAGGGCCAGGGGCGGCCCCCCGCCCUGCGAGGGACCCUGGGGGAGCAGAGCUCGGGCCAGGUUCUCGAGUCGACCUGCUCCGACAGCGCUUGAAGGAGCUUGGGGCCGCGAUCUACGGCACGAAGGAGCAGCUGUGGACGAGGCUCAAGCAUGCUGAGCUCAAGCACAAGCAGGACUUGGACUUCAAGAAGUCGGUCGAGGCGCGUUACCAACAGCAAGUGGACGGCCAGCCUGCGACAGAGGCCAAGGUCGUCGAGGCGCCCUACGCCCCAACGGAGGUUGAGAAGGAGCAACACGAGGACCCGCGCAUCAAGCAGCCCGUUUACGGCAGCAAUGUCAGAGAGGAGCUGAUUGUCUUCGACUGGGCCUUCAACGGCACUAAGGACACGGACAAUCUCUGCGACGAGGCCGACAAGGGUCUCGGGACAUCUCUCGUGGCUGCAGACCGCAGCACUGGUUUAUUAUACGGCAACGCGCUGGGGAGCAAGGCCGCAGACGAUCACACCGUGAAGCAGCUCAUGAGGUUCAUGAAGCAGCUCGCGUACCAGAAGCCCGAGCUCAGGUGCGACACUGAGCCUGCGGUGAAGGCUCUCCAGGAUAAGGUCGCGAAUGCGAGGAACGAGGAGAACCUGGAGACCAGAGUUUCGCAGGGUCGCUCGCGGGACAGCAAGCCGAUGGGCUUCAUCGAGACGCGGACCCGCUGGUGGCGAGGCCGUUUGAAGGCCAACAGGGUGCAGGUGGAGAUGAACUACGGUGCUGACGGCUACACGGCUCGCUUUGCGGUCUACGGCGUGAACUACACUGCAGCAGUGGUUCCCUUCGCUGAGACGGUGAUGGCAAGGGUUCCAGUCAGCAAGACGGGCCAGCGACGUUCGAUGGGAGGUUUGGCCCCCAGGCUGAACAAUGCGGACACUGCCUGGGCCAAGGGGAUCUGGGUCGGCAAGACGACCAACAACGACGAGCACAUCAUCCUGACGAUUGCUGGCAAGGUGACCUGCAGGACCGCCCGCAGGAUGCCCAAGGGGAAGCGCCACGACAGGGAGCUCCUCCUGAAGGUCCGCGGCGAGCCCUGGAGGGAUAAGAUCGCGCACAUGCCUCGGCCCCUCGCCAUGGACGGCGGCAGGGGCGAGGUCGUGCCGACGCCGCUGGAGGCCGUGGGCACGGACUCCAG